CAGCAACACUGCUCCACAAAGGAUAUUCUGGAUUGUGCUGGCAAUCAGUCAUUCCUUGAUUGCUGUGGCCUGUGAUUGUGAUUGUGAUCAUCUAUGGUAAUUAAGUACAGUAACUUGCUUACAUGCAGGAUACUUACUCUCUUGCAGAGCAAUGAGAGCAGCUGCAGCACGACCCAGGACGUGGCUCACAGCGCUGUAUUGACGCAGAAAUAAGCCAAGACAGACGGCCAGCCAGCCUUAUCGUUGAUCAGCCCUAGGUUCUCCUCCUCCUCCUUGUUGGAUACGGCAGAGUUCGUAGACACAACGGGCAAUGGCCCUCUUCUGUCGCGCCACACGCCAUGUGCGUCGUUGGCCUGCCCACAAGAGUUGUCUCUUUGCUCCUUCACCACUAUAUGCUCCUACCAUUGGCCGAAAAUACCAUGCAAGAUCCGGCAGCGGCGGCUUGAGCGACCUCAUCCACGUCUCACCAGAGGUCAGAGACGCCAUCGCCACCAACAGGCCAGUGGUGGCUCUCGAAUCCACAAUCUACACCCACGGAGCUCUGGGGAAAGACCUUCCUAGCAUACUCGACUCUGUCGUGCGUGAGCAUGGCGCUGUGCCGGCCACCAUCGGCGUGCUAGACGGCAUGCCCAAGGUCGGGCUGAGUCCCGAAGAGAUUGGACGAAUGGUCGAAGAGGGUGCGAGGAAGAUCUCGAGACGGGACUUUGCCCACAUCGUCGGAGCGGGACUGAAUGGCCACAAACUGCACGGCGGCACUACUAUCGCUGGCACAAUGAUCCUGGCACGGGCGGCUGGCAUCCGCAUUUUUGGCACUGGUGGGCUGGGAGGCGUCCACCGCGGCGGCGAGGACUCGAUGGACAUCUCGGCAGACCUCACCGAGCUCGGACGGACCAGGGUAGCCGUCAUCAGCAGCGGGCCCAAGGGUUUUCUCGACAUCCCGCGCACCCUGGAGUACCUCGAGACCCAGGGCGUGCUGGUCGCCACCUUCGCCGACGGGAGGGAGGGGGAUGUCGACCUGCCUGCCUUCUGGGCGCGUGAGAGCGGAACCAAGAGCCCCUUUGUUGUCCGCGACGAGAGGCAGGCGGCUGCUGCCAUACUGGCACAGGAAAAGCUGGGCAUCGAGAGUGGCCUGGUCUUUGCGAAUCCCAUCCCCAAGGAGCAUGAGAUCCCGCGGGAGGUCAUGGACCAAAUCAUCAAUACCGCCGUGCGCGAGGCUGCUGAGCAGGGCUUCUCUGGGAAUGCCAACACACCGUACAUCCUGAGGAGGAUCAGGGAGCUGAGCGAGGGCCGCAGUGCGCCUGCAAACCUACACUUGGUGCUAUCGAAUGUGGCUCGCGCGGCCAAGGUUGCUGUCGAGCUGCGCAGCCUCGAGAGUGAAUCGGAGGGAAGGACUAAGACCGGGCCAAAUCCAUCGACCAAGGUGCAGCAGGAGACUUCGUCCCCCUCGAGAGCCGAUAUUCUGGUUGCUGGUUCAGUGGCACUCGAUCUCAACUGCAAUUUCCACAAUGACAGACACGAGGACCCAAAACCUCUCACGCCUGUCCUUCACACAUCCAACCCAGCAGGUAUCACACAGUCCAUCGGUGGCGUCGGUCACAACGUGGCCCUCGCAGCGCAGAGUAUCCACCGGAGCCUGAAGGUCAAGCUCUGCAGCAUUAUUGGGAGCGACAUUGCCGGCGCGACGAUUUUGACCAGCAUGGAAAAGAACGGUCUUGACACCAGCUACAUCCGUCAGCUGGGACCGGAAUAUCCCUCAGCACGCACAGCGCAGUACGUCGCCGUCAACGACGCUGAAAAGAACUUGAUGCUCGCCAUGGCAGACAUGGCCAUACUCACAUCACACUCCUUUCCCACCUACUGGACGUCCAUCAUCCAGGCUACCAAGCCCAAGUGGCUCGUCGUGGACGGCAACUGGACGCCCAAGGACAUCCACAACUGGAUCAAGACGGGCGGCAUGAACGGUGCGCAGAUCGCCUUCGAGCCCGUCUCAACCAUCAAGGCGGCCGGGCUCUUCCCCAAAGGCCACAACCUCCCCCUGUUUCCCAAAGUCGCAGUAGCCCUUGCCACGCCCAACCAGUACGAGCUCGGGGCCAUGUACCACGCCGCCAAGGAGAACGGCUACAUGGACAGCAUGCCGUGGUUCGAGGUUAUCGACGCUUUUGGGAUGCACGGCGGGGCACGGGACCGCUUCGUGCGCCUGGCGUCGGCCGAGAUGACGGAUGCCGGGAUACCCGUGCAGAGCGUCCAGCUGCUGCCGUACAUCCCGACCAUCCUGACCAAGAUGGGCGACAAGGGCGCGCUGCUCACGACGAUCUUACGGCCGGACGACCCAAGGCUCCUGGAUCCGGAGCACGAGAGGUACAUCCUCACUCGGGCGGCACCGGGCCACCCGCACGUCGGAGGGAUCUACAUGCGCAUGUACCCGGCCAUCGAGAGGGUUGGGACGCCUGUGUCGGUGAACGGGAUGGGGGAUACUUUUCUGGGCACGCUGGUGGCGGGCCUGGCGCUGGGAGGGCGGACAGAGGACCUGGUGGAUGUGGCGCAGAAUGCAGCUGUAAUGACGCUCAAGAGCCAUUUGAGCGUGAGCCCAGAUCUAGGCGCCCUGGGGAGAAAGCUGUUGGCUGCUUGUGGGAGGGCGGAGCAGUAACGGCAGUCCUUACAUGUAGGGUGGGUGCAGUAUGUUGUAUUGAUUGACAGGGGAUCUCACAGGUUGUCCUCUUCAUUGUCAUCCCAUACUAAGGAGGCUUGCAAACAAGUCAGCCUAUUUAUACAGUAUAAUCCUGUAUUAUACAUGCAUACUC